UUAGUCAUUUAACUUCUAAGUCCCAUCUCUAUCAGAAAGUAUUGUCCACUGAAUCGUGAAUACUGAUAAUUUUAUUUAAACGAGGUGUGGUGUCGUCAAAGUUAUUAAUUAUAUAAACAAUGUCGGCCACAUUAAAACCGUAUUUAACGGCAGUUCGUCACACGCUUACAUCGGCUAUGUGUUUGGAUCAUUUUUCAUCACAAGUCGUAGAAAGGUACAAUAAACCCGAAGUUGAAGUGGGUACAAGUAAAGAAUUGUUACUGAACCCAGUAAUUAUUUCUCGAAAUGCCAAUGAAAAAGUGCUUAUUGAGUCAUCAAUAAAUUCUAUUAGAAUCAGUAUAAUGAUCAAGCAAGCAGAUGAAAUAGAAAAGAUACUAUGUAAAAAGUUUAUGCGUUUUAUGAUGAUGAGAGCGGAAAACUUUAUCGUGUUACGGCGGAAACCGGUGGACGGAUAUCAUAUCAGCUUCCUUAUAACAAAUUUCCACACUGAACAAAUGUAUAAACAUAAAUUGGUAGAUUUUGUAAUAUAUUUUAUGGAAGAAAUUGAUAAAGAGAUAAGUGAAAUGAAACUUGCUGUAAACGCCCGUGCCCGAAUUUGUUCUGAAGAAUUUUUGAAGCGAUUCUAAGUUACAAAUUUUCAUAUAUAGACUGGAGGUUAUAAUACUGCGAAUCUUUCAAGUAUUAAAUUAAGUUGUUUGAUGGCAAUAAGAGUAUUCUAAUAAAAUGUUUACUCUCAUGUAGGUUAAAAUAAAAAUAUAUUAUUGUUUAUUUUAAUUGUUGACCUGGGUGAGUUACUAUUAAUUUUAGGUAUAGUCAAACUUAAAGACAAAAACAUUCAAAAAAGAGAUAAAAAAAUGUCUUCAAACUUAUUUUGCAGUAUUAAAACCAUGUUUAUCAUAAAGCAUUUUUAUUUUUAAAAAUUAAGCAAUAUUGUAAGAUUUAAAUAAUAUUAAAACUUAUCUCAUA